ACACCAAAAGGGGAAAUGGGUUGGGAAGUGAAACUCAGCAGCUUCUUCCAACCCCAACCGGACAGAGCCACCCGCAAUCCCACCCCCCAACCCCCUGCACCCUCCGCCUCAUUCUCUGUCUCGGGGAAGGUCAGAGACCAAACGAAGCCGCCUGCUCACAGAGCCUCGGCCAGCCUCCGGGAGCGAGGCAGAAUGGCUGGCAGAUUCUGGCUGGCAGCCAGCACCCUGGCCAUGAUCCUGGGCAUGGCAGUAACUCAGGAGGACGUGUGUCGAGCACCGCCCGGCAAAGACGGCUACCCUGGCGUGCCGGGCCUCAAUGGGAGGCCAGGGCAGAAAGGCGACACAGGCGAGCCAGGGUUACCGGGAAGAAGGUCGGGGAUCCGGGGACCCAAAGGUGAUGAAGGGGAACCUGGGCCUCCCGGCAUGCCUGGGAACCAGGGCUACAGGGGGCCAAAUGGUUCCCCCGGGCUCCCAGGGCCGCCGGGGAGGAAGGGAGUCAAAGGAAAGGCUGGCAAUAUCAAGGAUCAGCCCCGGCCUGCCUUCUCGGCCUCCAGGAAGAGCCCCCGCAGCAGCGGGAACAUCGUGGUCUUUGACAAUCUCAUCACCGACCCGGACAGCCCGAACAGCGGCUACGACACCGUGACGGGCAAGUUCACCUGCCGGGUGCCCGGCGUCUACUACUUUGCCUUCCAGGUGAUCUCCAGCGGGAACCUCUGCCUCAGCCUCGUCCUCAAUGAGAAAAAGGAGUUGGGCGUCUGCGACAGCAACAGCCGCGGCAUCCUGCAGGUGAACUCAGGGAGCAGCGUGCUCCAGCUGGCCCAGAACGACCGGGUCUGGCUCGAGAGCGACCCCCGCCAAGGCAACCAGGUGUACGACGGCACCGAGGCCGACAGCGUCUUCAGCGGUUUCCUGCUCUUCCCUGAGACCCAGUUGACGGAGGAAGGGAGAGGGGAAAGAGCGCUGCUCACUCACACCAGGGGGCGCUGUGCGCUCCUCACCGGAGCCAGCGCCUCGUCCUGGGGCCUGCGCUCCUGGAACACGAGGGACAGACGGAUGGACGGCUCAACCAGCUCGGCCUUGAAAAAGACUCCUGCUGAUGCAGCUAGUGAGCUAACACCGGGGCCCUGGGCACUACCCAGAGCGGUGAUACCCGGAAGAAAUGUCCAGGACAGGGAUGUGAAACUUGGCCAGGGUCCCGGCAAAGGGGCUGGUCUUUCCAAGAGGCCUGUCCUGGCCUCCUUCAGCCACCAACUUCCUCCUGGCUGGUGUCGCAGCCGGAGAUCUGACAAGCCAGCCAGCAGCCCCACUGCAGCAGAGCCCUCCGGAGAGCGCGGGAGCCAGCGCCCUGCCCCAGAGAGGACAAUGAUGGCCAAGAACGUCUGGGAACCAGUGGGCCUGGCCCUAGCCCUUCUCCUCCUGGCGCUGGAGACUACCGUGACAGGCAGUGCUUCCCAGAGCUGCUAUGGGACCCCUGGGCUGCCUGGCACGCCUGGCAUGCCUGGCAAGGAUGGCAGAGAUGGGCUGAAAGGAGUCAAAGGCGAACCAGGCAUUCCGGCCAUUCCUGGAACCCGAGGGCCCAAGGGGGAGAAAGGAGACUCCGGCAGCCCCGGCCUGCCAGGAAAAACUGGUCCCAUGGGUCCCCCUGGCACCCGGGGAGAGCCAGGCGAGCACGGCCAGCCUGGGGGCCCCGGACUGCCAGGCAAUUACAAGCAGAAGCACCAGUCGGCCUUCUCAGUAGUGAGGCAGACUGGGCAGUACCCGGACAAGAACGCCCCUGUGGUGUUCAACCGCGCCAUCACCAACCUCAGCGAGGACUACAACACCACUUCGGGCAAGUUCACCUGCCGCGUGCCCGGCCUCUACUACUUCGUCUUCCACACCUCCCAGACCGCCAACCUCUGCGUCAACAUGUACAAGAACCGGCAGAAGGUGGCCAGCUUCUGCGACCACAUGUCCAACACCAAGCAGGUCAGCUCCGGGGGCCUCCUGCUGCGCAUGGACGCCGGGCACCAGCUCUGGCUGGCAGUCAACGACUACAACGGCAUGGUGGGCAUCGCUGGCUCCGACAGCGUCUUUUCCGGCUUCCUGCUCUUCCCAGACUAGGCAGGCCAGGCCAGCCCUGGCCCACGCCGGCUGAUCCCAGCCUCUCUCUGCCCUCUAACGUGCACGCUGGCUCUCGCCCUGCAUCGCAGCGCCUCACAGUGGGGCACAAGGGAAUGGCACCCCUGGGGCGCUCUGCACAGGCCCUCUGCUUGCAUCAGCUUGCUUAGGGCUGGGGCAGGGCCUGUUGGCUGCAGUCCUGCCCCUGUCAGGCCCCAGUAGCCUCCCAGACGCCAACCAAAAGCUAACCAGGGCCGAGCGGUUUUUCACAUGUGUUUUUGAGACAGAGUCACCAAGUGUAAGGGAAGGGGGUUGUCUGGCUGCGUCCCUGCCUGGCCAUUGUCCCCGCUGUCCCAGCCACUCUGUGCUCCCUACACAGGACAGAGUCUAGCUGCUGCAUGCACUAACCCCCGCUGCUUCACGCUGCUCACACCCAGAGGGCCAAAGCCAGCCCUGGGGUCUCCCCACUGCCCCCAGCGAGUCGCGCCAGGGACGGGCUCGUCCCAGAAAAUCUGGAAAGGGAACUUGGCCAUGAGCUUGUCGAAAAUGUCAAUAAAUCCUCACUCUGUGGCACGGGG